AUGACAACCCUCAACACCCCCAACUUCGCCGCUCACGGGCCAUCCUCCCCUCCCCGCUCUCAAACCUCCUCGCCCAUCUCCCCCAAAUCCACCACCCCGGCACCUCUUCCCACCAUCUCAACCAACCUCAACCCCCCUCCUCCCCUCACCACCGACUCCCAAUCCCAAUCCCCCGAAAAAGACGAAGACGAUAACAUCUCCGACCUCCCCUUCCCCACCGCCCUCCCCCGCCCAUCCUUCCUAACCCCCCACUUCUCUCCCCUCGCCUACCUCGACGCCCUUUACUCUUCCUCUUCCUCUUCCACCACCACCACCUCCUCCUCCUCCUCAUCCGACCCCUCUUCCACUUCUUCCCCCUCAACUUCAACACCCUUCACCCCAGGCCUAGGACAAAGACAUCAAACCCUCCCCGACCUGCGCUCAGAGCUUCACACCCGUUCUUUAUCCAUCUCUUCCGAACUCCUCGAAUUAGUAAACGCCAAUUACACCUCCUUUUUGUCUUUAGGCGACGAGCUCAAGGGAGGAGAGGAGAGGGUGGAAGAUAUUCGCGUUGCGGUUCUGGGGUUCAAGAGGGCUGUGGAGGAGGUGCGACUGAGAGUUAAAGAAAAAAGGGGGGAGGUGGGAUUGCUGUGUGGAGAGCUGGGGAGUGUGAGGGGUGGAAUAGAAUGGGGAAGGGGGGUGUUGGAGUUGGCGGAGAGAGUGGAGGGGUUGGAGGUUAAACUUAGUUUGGGGAGUUUGGGGAGUACCGGAGGGGGCAAUGUUGGGACAGGGGGGGGAGGGGGAGGAGCUGGGGUGGAAGGAUGGGUAAAGAAGGGUAUGAAGGACGAUUUAGGAGAGGAGGAUGAUUACGAAGGAUGGGAUUCCGGGUCGGAGGAUUUCAAGGAGGAGGUCCUCUCUGACGAUCUCGAGGAUGACGAAGAAGGGGAAGGAUUCAUGUCCAGCACUCCCGCUGAACUCGAGGCCCUGGCAAAGGAAUAUGUCAAGAUCGAGCAGAUGGCUGAUAGACUUGGUGGACACGAGGUGCCGUUUGUGAGGAAGAUGGAGGAACGGAUGAUUAGGUGCCGGAAUACUAUCUUGUUGGAUCUGAGCACGGCGUUGAAGGAGGCGAGGAGGGCGGCGGGCGAAAAGGGGAAGAAGAGGGUGAUUAGGCAUUUGGGGGUUUAUAGGUUGUUGGACGCGGAGUUGGAGGCUGUCAGGGUUUUGAGGGAGAAAUAG